GAGCAUUCGUCGUCAUCACGUCAUUACAUUUUGUCAAUAUUUUGCUCCCAUUGACACCAACAGCAAGAUUGCAGUCGCACAAUCUGCUCCAAAAAAAACCUUUCUUCGGUUCCAGUGAAAAAGACAAAAAUCAAGUGCUUUAGAGAUUGAAAUACUGAACAACCCGUGCUAGUGGACAGUGAACAGAGUAUCCACAUCCCAAUCAACUUUCGUUCCCCAUGUUCUGCUAUGUUCCACGGUGCCGCAGCGAAACUAAACCAUCAUCUGGCAGGCUAUUUGCGUACUAGUUGUAGCUCUUCGGUGGCCAGUGGCAGUGGCAGUGGCAUCCUUCCGAAAUCCUGGCAACGGAGAAGGUGGUCCACUGCAACAGCAGCAUCCAACGAUCCAGAGCGUAAUAGUUGGAUCCAUCAUCAUCAUUACUUCUGCCGUCAGCGACGUCGAACCAUAGCAGCAACGACAGCAUCAGCCUUCGUCAUCUCGAACUCCGAUCAAUAUCUUCCACCGCAAGUGGGACAAAUUUGCUCAAUUCACACCGACGCACCGGUCAACAUGGCUUCCGGCGAAGCGGGACCAUCGGGCAAACCGAAGCACACCAAUCGGUUGAUCAACGAGAAAUCUCCCUACCUGUUGCAGCAUGCCCACAACCCGGUGGACUGGUAUCCCUGGGGCGAAGAGGCCAUUGCCCGCGCCAAAGCGGAGAACAAGCUCAUCUUCCUCUCGGUCGGAUACAGCACCUGCCACUGGUGCCACGUAAUGGAGAAGGAAUCAUUCGAAAACGAAGACGUGGCUGAGAUUAUGAACGAGAACUACAUCAACAUCAAGGUCGAUCGCGAAGAACGGCCCGAUAUCGAUAAGCUCUACAUGACGUUCAUCCUGCUGAUCAACGGAUCCGGUGGGUGGCCAAUGUCUGUUUGGUUGACGCCCGAUUUGGCACCCGUGACCGGUGGAACGUACUUUCCCCCGAAAGAUCGCUGGGGAAUGCCCGGCUUCACGACGAUCUUGCUCAAGCUGAAGAUCAAGUGGGCCACUGAUGGGGAAGAUUUGGCUUCGACGGGUAGAAGCAUAAUCGAAGCCAUUCAGAAGAAUGUCGAGGAGAAGCAUCACGAAGAUCCAGAGCGAGUGUUUACUCCGGAGGAAAAAUACCGCCAAGCGGUUACGAUUUACAAGCGAAAUUUCGAUCCCAUCUGGGGAGGAUCCCUUGGGGCCCCCAAAUUCCCGGAGGUGUCCAAGUUGAAUCUUAUUUUCCAUGCCCAUCUACAGGAUCCUUCGACUAAAAUUUUGGGCGUGGUACUGAACACAUUGGACAAGAUGGCAGCGGGGGGUAUCUACGACCAUGUGUUCGGGGGCUUUGCAAGGUAUUCAGUGGACAAGAAGUGGCAUGUGCCGCACUUCGAAAAGAUGCUCUACGAUCAGGGUCAACUGUUGAUGACUUAUUCCAAUGGGUAUAAGACGACGAAGAAGCCGCUGUACCUUGAGGUGGCGGAUUCCAUUUACAAAUACAUUUGCAAAGACUUGCAACAUCCAGCGGGUGGAUUCUACAGCGGAGAGGACGCGGAUUCCCUUCCCACGUGGGAAAGUAAGGAUAAGAUCGAAGGUGCUUUCUACGCUUGGACGUACGCCGAAGUGCGGGAUCUUCUGAAGGCGAAUCUCGAAAAAUUCGGUGAUAUCGGUAAGGUAGAUCCGGUAGAAUUGUACACCGAACAUUAUGAUAUCCAACAAACGGGAAAUGUGGAACCCAGCAGCGAUCCCCACGGGCAUCUGCUGGGUAAGAACAUUCUAAUCGUUUACGGAUCGGUACGUGAAACGGCGGAAAAGUUCGAAACUACUCCAGAAGUAGUCGGUUCAAUUUUGAAGAUCGGCAACGAGUUGCUGCACGAAGUGCGUGACAAACGACCCCGACCUCAUCUGGACACUAAAAUUAUUUGCGCCUGGAAUGGUCUGGUACUGUCCGGGCUGUCGCAACUAUCGUGCAUCAAAGAUGCACCGAACCGAGCCGAGUAUCUCAAGACAUGCUCAAAUCUAGUCUCGUUCAUCCGGGAGAAUCUCUACGAUGCACAAGCUCGAAAGUUACUUCGCUCCUGCUACGGAGAUGAGAGCGAUAAAGCCAAGGCAUUAGAAACUCCAAUUCACGGGUUUAUUGAUGACUACGCCUUCCUGAUCAAGGGUCUGAUCGAUUACUAUCGAGCCUCACUAGACGAAAGUGCACUUAGAUGGGCGAAGGAACUGCAGGAGAUCCAGGACCAGCUCUUCUGGGACCACAAGAACAGUGGCUACUACUACUCAGAGGCAAACUCGGCCAACGUUGUCGUACGGUUGAAGGAAGAUCACGACGGUGCGGAACCUUGCGGUAACAGCGUCUCCGCUUACAAUUUGAUUAUACUAGGAGACUACUUUGAGUGUGCUGCAUUCCGAGAGAAGGUCACCAAGUUGUUUAGUUACUUCUCGAACGUUACUCCAUUCGGUUACGUCCUACCGGAAAUGAUGUCGGCCAUGUUGUUGCAGGAGCACGGACGGGAUAUGCUCGUGGUUGUUGGCCCCGAUGGACCGGAGGACACGGCUCUGGUGGAUGCCGUACGGGAUUUCUAUAUGCCCGGUUUACUCAUCGUUCGGCUGGAUCCGAGCUUGCCGGAACACAGCCUCGGAGGCAAGACGCUCAAAAGCUUCAAGAUGAUCCAGGAUGCACCGACGGCUUACAUGUGUCACAACAAGGUUUGCCAACUGCCGGUCACCGAGCCGGAGAAGUUAACCGAAGAUCUGGUCACCAUGUACGUGUUUGAUUACGCCGAGUACGAAAACUGAUUUUUCGAGGCUUAAGGUUCUCUGCGCGCAUUGGGUGUCAUAGGUGUUUAACUCUAGAACUCGGGAACUGCAGGAACUGGCGGCCGUCAGAAACGAAAUCGCAACAAUAGAAAUGACAGUUUGAUUAAGUCGAUUGAAGGAUAUUUCACAUAAUACAUUAGCAUAAAUUGAGUACGUUUCUACGUUUAUCUUUGCAUGUCAUUAGAGUCAUCAGUGUUUAUCGUAAUUGUUUCCUAUCACGGCAAGUUACAGAAAAUAAGAUACAUAUUCUAAAAAGUAAAUCGAAAACUAGCACACCGAAGCGAAUGAAUAUCAUAGAAAUUAAUGUUGGUAGUAGAAUCAUAUUGAACAAGUAAUGAAGUAAUUUUAAUCAAAACAUUUCUAUCAGACCUCAAGUUUUUGAAACAUUUUAAUCAUCAAAAUAAAUCUCUUAUUGCAUCACAAAGCUAUUAGUACGUACUAACUAAAUAGAAGAACAAUUGUCGAUAGGCGCACGGAACAUUACCCGGUUUUUUUUUAUUCUUCAUAGAAUAAAUAGCAGUCCACUUACACGGAUCUAAUCAAACGCAAGGAAAAUCUAACGAGAAUUGAGCUACGAGCAAAAUACAACACUAUGUGAUCUAGCGAUUAAACUACAAGCAAAUAUCUAAAACAAGGUGCCAAUAUUUGGUUGCGAACACAAGGGGAACUCCAUAUGAUACCAGAAGUAAGGCAAUUUGUUUGUUAAGCGUUUUGAAAACGUUGCAAUGGAACUAACAGUAGCAGUGUUUUUUUAGAAAGGGAAUAUGCGCUGAUAUGCAAUAGUAAACCUAUUAUUAUGGACGUAAAGCGUCAUCGUUACCAAUUUUAUUGUGUCGUUUUUAAAACAAGCAAACACUCUAAGGUUAAUCUAAUAAAGCAAAAAUUGAGAAUA